AUGGACCUCUCUAAAUACACCGAAUGCCUCUCGCAAUGGCCCGCACAUCUUGAGCCGGGUCUCCCGGCCAUUGGCGCUUUGCUCCUGCUCGCUACUGGUGGCCUGGUUGUCGCCUGUAAGGUCUGGAGCUUCGUCCGCGUGCUUCUCAGCCUGUUCCUGCUUCCGGGCAAGCCGCUCCGCUCUUUCGGUCCUCCCGGUAGCUGGGCCGUCGUGACUGGUGCCUCUGAUGGCCUGGGCAAGGAGUUCGCGCUGCAGCUGGCCCGGGCCAAAUUCAACAUUGUCCUAGUGUCCCGAACCGAGUCGAAGCUUGUCAACCUGGCGGAGGAGAUCACCAAGAAAUACCCAAACGUCGAAACCAAGAUCCUGGCGAUGGACUUCUCCCGCAAUGCCGACGAAGACUACCAGGCGCUGGGCUCUCUGGUCUCUGGUCUGGAUGUCUCCAUCCUGGUUAACAACGUUGGCCAGAGCCACUCGAUCCCCGUUCCCUUCGCUCAGACUCCUGCCUCCGAGAUGAACGAUAUCAUCACAAUCAACUGCAUCGGCACCCUGCGUGUGACCCAGCUCUUCGUUCCCGGCAUGAUCCAGCGCCGCCGCGGCCUGAUUCUGACCAUGGGCUCUUUCGCCGGUCUGCUCCCCACUCCUCUGCUGGCCACAUACUCUGGUAGCAAGGCCUUCCUGCAACAUUGGUCUACCUCUCUGGGUGCCGAGCUGGCUCCUCACGGUAUCGAGGUGGAGCUCGUUCAGGCUUACCUGAUUACCUCUGCCAUGUCCAAAAUCCGUCGCGCCUCGGUUGCUAUUCCGACUCCUCCUGCCUACGUCCGCUCGGUGCUCUCCAAGAUCGGCCGAAGUGGUGGCUCGUCGACCUAUGCUUACAGCUCUUCCCCCUACUGGAGCCAGGGUAUCAUGGCCUGGUUCCUGACCUCGGUCACUGGAGUCAUGGGCAAGUUCGUGGUUUCUCAGAACAUGGGUAUGCACGACAGCAUCCGCAAACGUGCUCUGCGCAAGGCUGAGCGGGAAGCUCAGAAGAAGAGCACCUAA